AUGGCAAGUUCGUCAUCAUCUAAUCAUUAUAACGUGGCAUCUGGACCAUUAGAGGAUGAUUUACUGUGGAUGCAAAAAAACCAUAUAUCACAACAUAUUUGGAAUGGUGCUAAUCAAAGGACGUUAAAAAUUCGACGAGCUACACCACUGUAUAAUCAUAGAGAAGCACCGCCCGAGGAAAUUAUUCCUUUAUUACAAGUUUCGGGUUUGUACCCGAUAAUGAAAUUGGCGCAAUUGAAGAUAAAUGGAGCAUUAGUUAAUGCUUUUAUUGAAAGGUGGAGGCCAGAAACACAUACAUUUCAUCUUAAGUGUGGCGAGGCAACUAUUACACUUCAAGAUGUUUCUGUGCUACUUGGUAUUUCUGUUGAUGGAAGACCUUUAACCGACAAUACAAAUAUUGAUUGGUUUGAGUUGUGCCAUGAAUUAUUGGGUGUCAUGCCUGACGAUGAUGCAGUUGACGGGAACUCACUUUUAUUGAGUUGGCUGACUUCUCAAUUUGCAAAUAUUAAUGAUUUCAUAGGCAACCAACAAGGGCUUGAAAGAUUUGCUCGAGCUUGGAUCUUAAGAUUCAUAGGAGGCGUGAUGUUUGUUGAUAAAAGCAGCAAAAGGGUGCCAAUGAGAUAUUUGCAAUUUUUGAGAGACCUUAGAGAGUGCAGCACUUAUGCAUGGGGAGCUGCUCUUCUGGGUAACCUUUAUAGAGAGAUGUGCAUCGCAACAGACUAUCAUGCUAAAUCAAUAGGCGGUUUCACUCUCUUGAUUCAGUUAUGGGCAUGGGAACGAUGCCCAACGUUAGCCCCGUCAGUUAUUCCUCCACAACAACAAAACGCGCCACUUGCUUACAGAUGGUUAGGAGGUGAAUUGCAUCACAUAGGCAAUGACAAUUUACUUGAGUUUCGUCGUAAAUUAGAUGUCAUGAAACGCGACGAGUUUGUUUGGGUCCCUUAUGCUGGACAUGUGGAAAUGAAUUUGAGUCAAGUUUGUUUUAUUGGGUCUGUAUUAUGGACAUGUAUCGUACCACUUAUUUGUUUUCAAAAAGUGGAAUGA